UAAAUGGGCGGGGCAGACAGAGGACUAUAAUCAUGAGCCUCUUGUAGGAUGUGCCUGGUGUCUUGAUGUGAGAAGCACCCCCAUCUGACUGUGCAGGAAUACACAAUGGACGCCAUGGUGAUAAUAGCACUGGCUGUGGUCAUAGUGAGCACUUUAUUAUUCAUGAUUAAAUCAAUGGGAACACAAGAAAAGAAGGAACCGGUCACCCUCCUGGAUCCUAACACCAAGUAUCCUCUUCCUCUUAUUGAAAAACAGGAAAUCAGUCAUGACACCAAGAAAUUCCGAUUUGGUCUACCAUCAUCGGAGCACAUUUUGGGACUUCCUAUAGGACAGCACAUCUACCUCUCAGCUAAAGUCAAUGGCAGCUUGGUGGUUCGGGCGUACACCCCGGUGUCCAGUGAUGAGGUGAAAGGUCACGUUGAUCUGGUUGUAAAGGUUUAUUACAAAAACGUGAACCCCAAAUUUCCAGAUGGAGGAAAAAUGUCCCAGUACUUGGACAACUUAAAAAUAGGGGACACUAUUGACUUCCGGGGGCCUAAUGGUCUUCUAGUCUACAAAGGAAAAGGUAAAUUUGCCAUCCGACCGGACAAAAAGUCUGAACCUCAACUAAAGACCACAAAACACAUUGGGAUGUUGGCUGGGGGGACUGGUAUCACUCCAAUGCUGCAGCUGAUCCGUCACAUUACUCAGGAUCCUAACGAUGACACAAAAUGUUAUCUUAUCUUUGCUAAUCAGACUGAAGAGGACAUUCUGUUGCGUGCAGAACUGGAGGCUGCAGCCAAGAGUCACCCGGAUCAGUUUAAGCUGUGGUACACUCUGGACCGGACUCCUCAAGGCUGGAAGUACGGCUCUGGCUUUGUCACGGCAGAUAUGAUUAAGAAGCACUUGCCUUCUCCUUCUGAUAACCCACUUGUGCUAAUGUGUGGACCCCCUCCCAUGAUCCAGUUUGCCUGUCAGGACAACCUGACCAAGCUUGGCUACCCUGAAGACAGAAGGUUCGCCUACUAAAAACUCAACAAACCACUGGUGCUACUGUGCCAAACAACCCGAAUGCUGGCAACUGAGAAUAUUAAUGAUACCUCAAAUUUGGCAGAUAGCCACGUGUUGAUCUAAGGCCAACUCCAUCCAAAGCUGAUAGUUUCCCCUCACAACAAGCCAGAUUAAAGAGGUCGCCUUGUCA